AUGAAAGAAAAAAGAGUCAGCUCCGAGAGACGCAGGCUCGUCGAGGAAUUGCACGCUCCGGCGAGAAGAAAUUUUCCACGAAGACGCGUCAUAGUACGGGGAUACGACGAUCUAUGGCAGGCCGACAUCGUUGAGAUGCGACCGUACUCGAGUUACAACAGGGGUCGUCACUACAUACUCACCGUCAUCGAUGUGUUGAGCAAGUAUGCGUGGGACGUGUCGCUCAAGAGCAAGGGCGGUAGCGAGACCGCUGACGCUAUCGCUGAAAUAAUUCGAGAGAGCGGAAGAUGUCCGAAGAAUCUGCAAACGGAUAUGGGAAAGAAGUUUUACAACGCCAAUGUGCAGAAAGUCUUGAAAAAACACGACAUUAAUCAUUAUUCCACGUAUUCGACGUUGAAAGUGUCGGUGGUCGAGCGGUUCAAGCACGCUUAA